GCAGUCGGAGCUGUGGCAGAGAGGUUUAGCGCAGACAUGGACUGACAUCUGAAAACAAAUCUUUUGUGUACGAAUUAACACCGACUCCAUUUCUCCGACAUCUCCGAUUCUGACUUUCGGUGAGCUUUACACAAUCAAAAGAGGACUGUGAAGCGCAGGUCCUGCCCUCAUUCUCUCCCUUGUGCAAUGCCGGAGAGUGAGACGUGGCCAGGCGGUGUUGCCAUGGAAUCCUUGAGCAAUAUGGAUAGUGCAGGGAGCUGCGACAGUGUAAUCAGCAUGAACUCUGGCUAUAGUGAAGACAGUAUGGAGCACCUAUCUGCAGAGGAGAGGGCUUGUCUCAUGUACCUGGAGGAAACGAUUGAAGCACUGGAGGUGCAAGAGGACAGCGGCUUAUCCAAUGAUGAACCAGAGCUUGGAUCACAGGCAGAAAAAAUGGAUCAGAUAAGAGUAAAUGACAUUUCCAGUUUGACCUCUGAUGGGUCUGGAAGUCAUGGAAUGUCCACAUCAGCUUCCCACUUAGCAGAGUCUGCAUCCACAGCAUUAAGCAUCGAAGGCAAAACUGAACAUCACGCUCUAAAUCCAACCACUGAACCACAAUUCACUCCUGCUUCAGCAGCUGACAUUAAAGGUCUUGAAUCAAGGGACCUUGUGGCUCAACCCAAUCUUCCUGGUUGCACAUCAAACACACAGCCUGAGGUGUUGGGUUCAGACGCAGGAGAUGUCGAUCCAAAGAGUACAGGUGUCCUACUUUCCCCAGGACAGUCCGCUCAGGCCUCUGAGGUUGAUGAGGGUCUAAUCCCUCCACCUUCAGACUUCAUGGAUGAACCGGAUCCUCCUUCACAGCCAGUGACGGUGGAGGACCUCCUUAAAUCUGCUGGAGCGUCCAGCAGCAAAUCAGGAGCACCUGUUGACGUGGAGCUGCUACGUCAGAGAGCUUCUGCAAAUAAACCCUCAGUGAGCUCCUCUGUGAUUGAGCAGCCUUCAAGCAAACUUCCAUCAAAAGUGCCUCCCAGUCUGAGUGUACCACUUGUUCCAUCCGGCCCCCUGAUAAGUCCUCCUCCUGAGGUGGCUGAGCCCAAAAGUCCACCUGUUGUAGCCCCUAAGCCCAAGAAGCUUCCUGCCAACAUUAUCCUGAAGUCACACAAGGCAGCAGCAGCUGGCUCUAAUGGAAAUUCAGGACAUUCGGUGCCCACCAGCAGUGACCGGCUGGUGUUGGACCCUCAGAGGGUCCGCAUGGAGGCCCUCCGGAAGCUCGGUCUGCUGAAAAGCAGUGAGUCAGAUUCAGGCCCUGCCUUAAGCCCUAAACUUUCUCCCAAAACUAGAAGGUCAUGGGCAGCUCCUUCUCCUCCAAUUAGCCCAGCAUUUUUACAAACGCCACCCUUAACACCAUCUUACAGUAACGUCCACAGCCCACCUCCUACUUCUGUCGCGUCUCCUGCUGCUGUAUUACCAACAGCUGCUUCUCCAGCUCCUUCUGUUGAGCCUCCUGAUAUUCUGCCAGCUCCUGCAGCUUUCAGUGACCCCAUCAGUCCUCUGCCUUCAGAUAACGAACUGUCUGCUAUCAAAGAUGUCACAGAGACCACCGUUAAUAACCCUCCUCUUACUCCACCUGCCCUGGUCAAGCAGCUAACUCCACCCAGGGUCACCGGCAUCAAAUCAGCCACCCUUGAGCGCUCUGGCUUGGGUCUAAGCAGUUAUAAGGCUGAGGCCGGCCUGGACGUCGGCGGACAGCAGAGCCCCAGCCAGCUGCGUAACACGAGGCCACGUCCCGCCUCUCUGGGGAGUGGGAGAGAGUUUUCAAAUGCUAAAGGAGGAGAUUUGCAAGCAAAGCCCACCACCAGCAAGGAGCCAGACUCACAGAGGUCCCUGCCUGCCCCAACUGCCCCCCAGCAUUCCAGAGACUCUCAGAAACUGCCUCGAUCACAAGGCAUAAGUGUGCUGAUCUGCCCCCGUGCAGAAAAUGAAGAGGACCGCCGCGAGGCCCUGAAGAAGCUGGGACUGCUCAGAGACUGAGCCGCAUCAGAUGCCUUCAGAUAUUUAAAGGAACAUUCCAGAGAUUUCUGCAUGAUUGAUGAAGAUGUUACAAAACGUUCGGGAAGCAGCUUAACCACAUGUUUAUGCAUUUUCAUUUUUAACUGCAUUAGCUAUCAUGUGACUGCAUCACAUGACUUCUACUCGUUACAUAUAUUGCACAGCCAGAUUUUCAGUGUUUUAUUUCUUAUAAAACUGGUAGUCAAGGACUUUUUGGACAUAAAUUGGCUGUCAGUGUAGCUGUGCUGUUUGUAAAUGCAAUUACUUGUAAGAGAAAGCGAUGAGCUUUUCAGCAUUUCAGUGUGUCUUGUGAUCUACAGGUAUGAACAUUUUCCACGUGACUGUCUGCUUAUAUAAUUUGUUUCAUGGUUACCAUUGUGUGGCAGGGUCCCUUCAUAGUUCUCCUUUUUAGACAGUUUCAAACAUCACUGGUGGUAAGAUUUUCACUUCCUCCAUUCUGUUGGAUAUUUAGUCUGUCUUUGUUUUUUUCAGCACUUGUUAGUAUUCACAUUUUUGUGUAUUUAUUAUGAAGUGUAUUGGAAAUGUUUCCUCAGUGCAGAUUGCAUCAGUUGCAAAAUGUAGAAAGUAUGUCCUGCAUUAUUGAAACAUACUUUGCUGUAACUUAAAGCACAUAGUUGGUGGCCAGUUGGUGAUAAGAAUCUGAGACGUGUGGUUGCGCAGCUGAACAAUGACGUACUUGUCAAAACUUACAAGCUUGUAGCACAGCAGCUGCACUGGUGUUCAAAGAACGUGCAUCAUUCCUUAAAUUUGUAAUUGUCAUCGAAUAAAUAUUUGGUUCUAUUUCUUACAGAUUGCAUUCGAUAAGAUUAAAGUGUAGAUAAUGUAAUGUUGGAUCAGCUGCUAUAGCUGUGACAUAAUAGAAGUGUCCUCUGCAGAAGCCUUUCCUUGUGUCAGGAUGUCAUCUUUUGAACUUUUCAUUUAGUUUUCCAGGUAAACUGACAAACUGAAGAAAUUUGAGGACUUCUGAUAACAUUUCAGCCAUAAAUAUUUACCAAAACUGUUGUAUAAAGGCUGCACAUUUUUAAAUACUUUAAGAGACGCUGUCAAUUAACAGUUAGUUCUGCUUAACCAUUAAUAAAUAUGUAUUGCUUAUAUUUCCAUUUGUGAUGCUAGUCAUUAAUGUAACACACCGUAGCAAAAAUGAUGCUCUUUCCUUGACACCAGUAUAUGUUUCGUGAGUCUUUGAGCCUGUGAGUUGCAAGCAUUAUUAGUCUUUUGCUUGUUUUUUGUUUUAUUUUCUUCUUUCCUUUAAUCAUCCCUCAGUGUCCACAGGUCACACAUUCUCUUCACAUACACUUGGAACAUGUCACAUUUAUUUUUCUUUGGUAAUUUAUGAAGCCCUCGUGUGUCACGUCAAAUCACAAAUCGAGGCACUAGUUUUGUCGCUCAGCUUCUGCAUCUUUAUCUGAUGUGAUGUUGAGAGAACUGGUGCUACCUGUUUUUUCACCUCCACUUUUAGCUCUUACGGAACACCUUCGCUGCUCACGGCAGCUCGUUUUUGAACAGCUUGAAACACAUGUUAUCGCUGCAGCAGGCUUUUAAAGACAAAUUGAUUUGCUCUUUUCCGUAAUUUGCACUUAAGGUCACCUACUGCUGUAAAAAUUAAGCUCAACUUGAAAAAGAUCUCUCUUCAUAGGUUUUAACACCAGGGUGCUGAACUGCAGAGUUCACAGAGAACGCAGCGAAAGUUUUGAGUUGGCUCACUCUUCUGUUUUUGGUCUAGAACAUAGCUUUCAAGACAAUGCUGCCACAUUCAAAAGUCUCCAGCAUUUUUGUGGUAGCACAGCAUGGUGUUUCCAAACUGGGACCGAUGACUCAUCUUUAAAAGUGCAAUUAGACGUAACACUAAGGUGUGCUGUCUGUGUCUGUGCCAAGUGCCACUUUGUGUCAUUGUUGUGAUUCAUUGAGCCCAACCCUGAAUACCAUUAUUUCUUAAGCAUUUUUAUUGUCUUCAUCACAUCCAAGAUGUCUUCUCACCGUGAAUUUGUAGCCAUUAUGUAAUUGGCAUGUCUAUAAACAGAAUAUUUUCAUA